AUGUUCGUGAUUGUUGUCGUUAUUUAUCUUGUGACAAAAGUGAUUGCUCAGGACCAAUCUCUGAGCACUGGAACUCCUCAAUCACCAACUUUACCUUUCCUAGAUUUAUUUACUGGAGCUUCAAAUUACUAUUCCGAACCUAUACGGAAAACAUACUCCGAUGGCUAUUAUCACACUUCAUGUCCAAAACCUGAUACCUUAGCCUCCUUCGCCAGCAUGCUAGGAAGCGCUGCUAAGAUUAUGAUGUCAGCUGCAAUAAUAGCAUUUUUAAAGAUACUUGGUGGAAAACUCUUUUUACUACCUAUAACAGUGAUGGUGCUUGCGAAAAUGGGUUUGAAAGCGCUCUUAUUGUGGCCUGUGAUUUCGAAGAUGAUGAAGUAUUUUAGAAAGAAAAAGAAGAAUAAAUCGCGAGUCAUAAUGGAUUGCUCGGAGCGCCUUGCGUGUGUGCUGCAGAGGUCUUCAGACAGUGGAUGGGGCAGUAAUUUUGGAUCGGCUAUAACUUUCUCUAUGAUUGAUGAUCUGGAUGAAGAUGACUUUGUCGCUAAAACUCUAUUGAGGACCCUCGCUGGUGACAAGGUUGCGGAAUGUAUGUCACUGGACUGUAACUCAGGCAGCGAUAUAAACUAA